UCUCUAAUAAUAACAGUAUCCACAUGUUUUAUUUGUUUAUAUGAAAUAAGUUUGUAUACAUAACUUUUUUUCAAGUAAAAGCUAUUACCUCACUUUCUUGUUAUACAUCCCACACUGUUUACAUUAAUUUUUUUUUUUGAAUAUGAGUGAAUCAACAACAAAUAAUUCUGCAAAAAAGAAGGAAAAGAAAAAUUCCUAUAAGAAUCCUCUUUACAAAAGUCUGCCGCCAUCAAUCGAAAAACUUAGUGAGAGAAUUGGUUUGAGGAAAGUCCCUGAAAAUUACAUCAAACAAUUUUUGAAGGAGAAUAUUCCAAGAACUGCAAGUUAUGAUUUAAAUGAAUACAAGGAAUAUAUUUUCAGCAAUGAAAAAUUCAAAAAGAGGAAGAAACAGUUAGCAUCCAAACAAAGAAAGACUCUGCUAAAUGCUAGUGAACAACGGAAAUUAGCUGUCUUUAAAUUGGAUCCUGAAACCACUAAAUUUAAAACUUUCAUCCCUGUGCAUGAAUUAUGGAAGCAGUAUAUGCAGAAAAUGCUUCAACUAAGAGAACCUUUACCUGAAGAUCUUUCUGGUGUUUAUCAAAAACUUCUAAAAGCAGAUUAUCAUGGAUGCAUGCUUGUUGUUGCAUCUUCUGUAUGUCACACUUACAUUGGAAUCAGAGGAAUAGUUGUCCUGGAAACCAAAAAUGUUUUCAGGUUAAUAACAGAGGAAGACAAACUUAAAACCAUUCCUAAAAAGGGAUCAGUUUUUUGUUUUGAACUGAAUGGAAACAUAUUCAAAAUAUAUGGAGAUAAUUUCUGUUUUGUGCCAUAUGAAAGAAUUAGAGUUAAGUACAAGACAAGACAACUUGUAGAUCCAUGAUAUUUUGUAAAUUAAGUUUUAGUUUCAUAUGUGUCCCAUUUUUUUUUUCUAUUAAAAAAAAUCACUUUUUUUGUGAAAGGUUGU